CGCGCACAUCGCGAUGGGAGAAGCGGAAGCGUACAUUCAACUGCGCUUGGCGGAGACGUUGUUCCAUGAGAUGGAGAAGCUCGAGAACGAACUUGGCAGUGGAAGCCUUGCAUUCCAAGAGAGACUGACGGUCACGAUGGAACGGCUGCACAAACUCAAGGCGAACCCGGCGUUGUCGGACCUGUACAGCCCAAACGAGUCGGCGCACGAGUUGCAAAUUUCGCAGCUCCAGUUUCUCCUACUGGAGUACUACCUCGGCAUGCUUGCUCAAAAGAUCAACACGAUUCAAGUUAGUGGUGGACAGAAUGACCGAAGCGUGUUCGUCGCCGCCAGGCUGAAGAACCUCACGUACGCUUCGGCGCUGCUCGAUGCGUUCCUCGACCAAUGUGUCAAUGUGGAGCUACUCAAGCGCUCGGAGCGCGCGGCGCAGCUUAGUCAACUCGAGCAGGGACGCAAAGAGACCCGUGAAGACAAAAUUCGCAAGUGGCAACUGGCACAGGAAGCCGACAAAGCGUUGCAGCAUGUGCUGCACAUUCGCCAACAGGCUAAAGAUAAGGACGACGAGGACUUGGAAGACAUCGAGCGCGAGUGUCUGUUCAAGCUCGUCGACGUCGCGAUCUUGAAGAGCAUGGAGGACCAGGCCGCGAUUGCGAGUGAAAGCGAGAUGCUCGAGACGAUGGUACAAAUGGCCAAGCUGACGACGAACGACGUAUUCCAAGCGGCCGAGCGCACGCCGCCGCCGCAAGGCCAGGGCAUUGAAGUAACGCACAUCAACCCAAAGAUGGAGAUGAAGAAGGAAGUGAUUCGCGGCCAGGUGUUCCAGCCCGGCCACCGACUCCCGACCAUGUCCCUCGAGGAGUACGCCGACCGGGAGCUCGCAGAUGCGUUGGCUCGCCAAGAAAAUGAAAAGAACGCCCCGGUGGGCCCGCGACGCAUCGACCAGCUCGAAGAAGACGGAGACGAAGACAAUUUGGCGCUGGUCGAUGAUGCCACAAUGCGUGACCGCGCGUGGGACGACUGGAAGGAUGCUAAUCCGCGCGGCAUUGGCAACAAGAAAGGGUCACAAUACUAACAAGCUUCCUGCUGAAUGUGUCCAGCUGAUCCGAUCAACACACGCGGUCCGACGAGGAUGGAUGGCCAGUAUUCUGCGCAACGAUGGAACUCCAUCCAUUCACGCCACCAAGAUUGAGACGGUCGUGGUGUGUAGCUACCGCAACAGGCUUACCGACAAUUCAAACGGAUGUUCGGACAUAUGAGAAGUGUCGGC